AGGACAGAGUUGUAAAAACUCCCAGGCAGACGGGAGUAGUGGCCUGCUGAGACGAAAAUAUUCCUUCACAGUUUGAAAAUCACUUGUAUAUUAAUCUGACCUAACUGGAACAAUACCCAUAGUCGAGCAUUUUUCCCGGUGAAAGAAUUGUUUCGUUCAAGUAUUCCUGAACAGAUCUGUGAAGCUUUGAGGUGUUUCUACAUUUCCAGAGACGCCGCCUUGAAUGAUUCAUAAGACUGCUCCCUGUGGGAUAGACGUUUUCAUCACACCACCAGCACCACUUUUCACUCCUCCCUCCACUCCACACCACCAAAGUUUCGCUCAGCCCCACAUUGCCAUCCGCUGCCUUGGAGCUUUCACACUCUGUUAAAGACCCUCCACUCCACUGGAACCAGGAAAAAGACCACCAACAUCGCCAUCAUUACCACCACCACCACCCGAGAUUACUACUAAUACCACCGCCAUUAACAGGGACCUUGCAGCAGUGAUGCAGUUGGAAAUCCAAGUAGCUCUCAACUUCAUCAUCUCCUACCUUUACAACAAGCUCCCGCGCCGCAGAGUCAACAUCUUUGGCGAGGAACUCGAGAGGCAGCUCAAGAAGAAGUAUGAGGGCCACUGGUACCCGGACAAGCCAUACAAGGGCUCCGGCUACAGGUGCCUGCACGUUGGCGAGAAGGUGGACCCCGUAGUGGAGCGGGCGGCGAAGGAGAGCGGCCUGGACAUCGAGGACGUCCGCCACAACCUGCCGCAGGACCUGAGCGUGUGGAUCGACCCCUUCGAGGUCUCCUACCAGAUCGGCGAGAAGGGGCCUGUCAAGGUGCUCUAUGUGGACGACAACGUGGAGAACAGCAACCACGGCAACAGCAACGGCGUCAACGGUAUGGGGAUGUCGGAGCUGGACAAGGAGAUCCGCAACAGCUUCAACCCCGAGGCACAGGUCUUCAUGCCCAUCAGCGAGCCACUAGGGGUGUCCGCGGGCAGCAGCUCUCCCGAGUCCAGCUCUCCGUCUCCACCGUUUGGCCAGUCCUCGGCCGCCGUCAGCCCGUCGUUCCUGCCGCGCUCCACCCAGCCGCUCACCUUCACCACGGCGACCUUCGCCGCCACCAAGUUUGGCUCCACCAAGAUGAAGAGCAGCGGACGCAACAACGGAAACGGUAACGCCGGUAACGGGAACAGCAUCAACGGCAAUGGCGUCAACAAUAACAUGAACAUCGGUAUCAACGGCGGUGUCAGCGGAGGCAGCAAGGUGACGCCCCCUCAUCGCACGUCCCCCAUCAACCACCUGGGCCUGAAUGUGAACGUGAACAGCCUGCUGAAGCAUAAAGCCAUGUCCACAUCCAUGCACUCCCUCUAUGGCCUGGGGCUGGGCAACCAGCAGCAGCAGAAGGCUUCCGCACUGUCCCCCAACGCAAAGGAGUUUGUCUUCUCCAGCCUGCAGGGCCCAGCUAGCGCUGGUGGUGUCGGCGGAGCAUUCGGAGGGGACAGCAGCAACCCCCUGAACCCCCUCAGCCCGCUGCAGUACAGUAACGCCUUCGACAUGUUCUCGGCCUACGGAAGCCUCAACGACAAGUCUCUCAUGGACGGCCUCAGCUUCAGCCUGGGCAACUUGCAGUAUUCUAACCAGCAGUUCCAGCCCGUCAUGGCUAACUAAGCUAAACUAAACCAAGCUAAGCUAAGCUAAGCUAAGCUCAGCUAAGCUCAACACAACUGGACUCAACGCAACUAAAAUGCGAAGAUGAAGGUGUAUUUAUGACAAAAUAUGAAUGUUGGCAAAAAUUAAGUGAAGGAUUAUUAAAAACAAACAAAUACAGAAUAACGCACAUUAGAAAUGGACUCAAGGGAUCAGUUCAGAUCUCCUUCUCUCUAUAUAUUACAUAUUAUUAAAAUAACAAACUAUGGACAUCAACCACAAGUUCCUGUCAGUCACUGGGAAGAGAAUGAGCCCAAGGGUGUUUAUUUUCAGCGCCCCCUUGAGUUAAUCCUUACGAAAAGCAGUAACACUUUAGAAAAGGGUUCACAUGUUGGCCACUAAUACAUGCCUAAUUUCAGUUUGUAUAAGUAAGAAGUGUUGAGGACCUAUUGGGUCUUUAUUACGAUUAUAUCUAAUAAGGGCCUUAUUGGCAAGGAUACAAGACAUUUGUGAAUACUUGCCUAACAAAUUAUUUAUUUUGCUUAACACGUCAUCAGUCGCUUAUCCAGACAGUUAGGCAGGUUCUAAGGGCCAACACGUGAACCUCUAAAUAAAGUGUCACCCAAAAAGCUUGUUUUACGGAAAAGUCCAAGCUUGGUUACUUGCUCAUUGACAUGCAUCAUCAUUUUUGUCUUUUUUGUGUGUGUUUGUUUUCCUUUUUUUGCCAACCAAGCACAAACUUUUUUUUAUUUUAUACUAUGUUUAAAAGAAAAAAAACUCUAAAACAAGGAAAAAAUAUGUACACACACACACACACGACAAGUUCAAGAUCUUACAUUGUUUUGAAGGAUGCUAAGACUUGGGUUUAUUUCUAAACAAAAUUGGCACUAAUAUAACUAUUAUGGGGUUACUUGGUCUGUUUUUCUAAUUGUAUAAUUUAAUUGAGUACAAAGUUUGUAAGAUAUCAGAGUAUAUAUAUUGUUUCUACGACAUGGUAUUGCAUUUAUAUCUUUUUACUACUUCAGUGAUCUGUGAUGGCUGCUGCAGCUUUACGUUGUCAUUUUGUUUUUUUAAAUGAAAAAAGAAAAAUCACCUUUUUAGAUCAGAUAUUCUAAAGAUUGUGUACAGAAUAUUCCUUAGUGUUGGAAUUAAAAGGAUAGGAAUAUUUGCUUUUUUGAAAACAUAAAGAGUCGUAUUUUCUGUUAAGAGUUUAAAGGACUUUUAUAUUUAUAUAUAAAUAUGAGCAGGUAUUUAUAUAUAAAUAUAAAUUAAUUAAUUUUGUACCUACAUUGUGCAAUACUUGAUAAAAAUACAGUAUAACAAAAGUAUUUUGAGUCAGUGUCUUACAUGUCAAGAGGGACUGAAAUAGUUUAUAUUGUUAAGUUUGUAUUAAAAUGCUUAAAAUAUAUGCUUGUCUUUAUUUUUUUUAAUUUCAUAUUUGCACCCUGGCCUUUUUCAAUAAAAUAAACUUCCGUCAAAGCAUAUA